CAUUAGGUGUUGUAAAUAGCGCGAGCUGCAGCUGUACACACUGAUCACCGGAAACACAGGACAGGAGAAGGUUCGUCAGGGGGACACGAACCUCACUGGGGGUUAGAUCUCACACCGGGACAAGAGCAAGUGGGUCAGAAUGACGGACUACAGCAGUUCAUCAGAGAGUAAAACUCUUACUUUCCGCACUCAUAAGGAAAUGUUUGAAAAAAUGGAGGAAUCCUUUAGACUCUGUUGCAGAUGUGGGAAACGACCCUCACAGACAGACAACACUCUGAAACGCUGUGCAAGGUGUCUGAAUGUGUAUUACUGCAGUAAAGGCUGUCAGACACACGACUGGUCUGUACAUAAGAACUAUUGUGUACUGUUACGUAUGGCUGCAGUAGACCGACUGAUCGAGUGGCUCAUUUAUCAAGGAGACCUGCCCUUCCCUACAGAGGCAUGGUCUAAGCCUGCUAAAGAGGUUCGGUGCUGGGAUGAUUGGCUCUCCAUGCAGGGUGACCUCACAACCCGGAUGGCGCCAAUCCUGUCUGGGAAAAACAUGGCAGAUCUCUGGACAAAUCAGAUCUGCCGGACACGCCCAGAGGAGGCGGAGCUUCAUAAAUCUCUGUGGCGUGUGUGUAGUGAGUUCCUCUCACGUCCACUGACCAUCGGUAUGGCAAUGAAGAUGUUCGGUCUGAAUCCAUAUUCCAAACCUCUGACCAUCCACCUGGUGGGGGCAGGAAACGCUGAAACUCUGGGUGCGAGGACGACGGAUCUGGAUGAGCUGAGCCGUAUGUUCCCUGGACAUCAGGGUCUGGAGGUGGUCAUGGUGGGACCGGAGGUAGUGAAAGGGCCCAUAAUGAGGCCACCAUUAAAAGCAUUUGGUCCACGAGGAAGAGUCUACAUCAGCGCCUACAAGGGUCUGUACCAUGAGUUCUGGGAGGAGCUUGUGGAGAAAGGAGAGGCAGCAAGACCAGACCUUGUGGUGGGGUUUCACCCAGGGUUUGAUUCCAGACAGGGAAUGACGGAUGGAUGGUUACCAACUCUGCUGCUGCUCAGAGACUACAACAUACCUACUUUAUUUACUACGGCAAAUGAUGAAGAGCUGAAGUACUCUGUGCAGAUCUUGAUGGAGUUGGAGAUUGACAUUAAAGGCACUGGGCCAAACCCUUUCAGUUCCCAGAAGCCUGAGCAAGUGCAGUCAAGUCCCAACAAAGAGCUGAGCUACUGCAAUGCCUUCUACCUGAACUUUCAGGGUCUGCUGGAGGACAAGCUAAAUGAGGAGGAUUAGAAAAUUUACCCUCUUGUUUUUGUGUGUACUAUUCCAUUAUGUGAUAUGAUUGUUUUGGUUUAGUCUACCAUCCUGACUGAGGUUUUACAGAUUGUAUAGUAUUUGCAUAUCCCCAUGGAACAUUUUGUAGUAUUACAACCUUCAAACGAAAUGGACUAAGUUGAGAUUUAUCGUAGAUAUACAAUAUAUAUAUACUGUAGAUCUACACGAAAGUGUCUAUAAUAAUCAAUUAUUCCCUUUUCUGUAGUCCGUAUCCUACACAGGCUUGCCGAGACGCUGGAGUCUAUCAGAGGGUAUUCGGGGCACUAGACAGAUGUCAACCAUUUUUCAACAACAGUACAUUUGUUUUUGUUUUAAAUGGUUUUGUUUUACAUCAAAGAUUCAAAGCAUUUAUUGUCAUAUACACAGUGAGGAAAGCAGUUUCCCUGAGCAAUGGAAUUCUUACUUUGCCAUCCUCAAAGAAUGCCAGGACUGUUCAUACUGUACAUACACAAACUGUACACUAUAUAAUGCAAUAUAAUAUUUGCAAGUGAGUGCAAAUGUACUGUACUAUAACAAUGGCAGGAAUAACACGGGUAUUUAAAGCAGCAAUAACAUUAACAGAUGUGUAAAACUAAGAUGGGGCUACAUGAAUAAUAUUAGCAGUCUAUAAUGGUGGUGGUAACAGCAGCAAUUAUACAUUACAAUGUUCCAUUGAGGUCCUGAGGGUAUCAACACACUCAUGUCAGAUGUUGUUUUUGGUCAGUAUUUAAUAUAAUAUAAAUCACAUGUGCCUUUGGAGGAAGUAUGAGGGCUUUUCCUGAGACAUACAGUAAGAGUUUUAGGCAUGCUAAACAAAGAGUGUUAAACAUUUAUUUUCAUUUACAUUUACAUAUAUGUAGUUUGUGAAGGAACUCGGCUGGUAGGUUGGUUCCAAACAUCUUGGAGAACUGACCACAGAUCUUCUGUGGAUGUCGGCUUUCUCACAUCCUUCUGUCUCUUCAUGUAAUCCCAGACACACUGGAUGAUGUCGAGAUCAGGGCUUUGUGCCAUCGCUUCAUGUUUGAAGGCAGAAGGUAGUAACACCAAAUAUUGAUUUGAUUGAGAUUUUUUUGUUUGCAUUUUGUAAAUUGACGGAAAUAAACACUCAUUAUUUAUA